AUGACAUCGCGCUGGGCUGAUGAUGAAAACGAUGCCGCCCUAGACGCACAACGCAAGCAAGAGAAGGAGCAAAAGAAACGUGCGAAAGCGGAAAAACAACGCAAGCAACAAGAAGCCGACCGACUACGACAGCAGCAACAACAACAAGUCGCAGACGCCGACGACAGACCGUCAAAGAGAAGACGUCUAUCGCCUUCACAGCAGGGUGACCAACCGCGACAACUCGUCCGCUUCAAUGCCCCGUCGUGGCAGCCCGCUCGCACAAUCGACAGCUUCGAACGACUGAACCACAUUGAAGAAGGCAGUUAUGGCUUCGUGUCGCGAGCGAGAGAAUUGGCUACCGGAGAAAUCGUCGCAAUCAAGAAGAUGAAAAUGGAGCCGGGAGCUGCUCAGAAUGGCUUCCCAGUCACAGCUUUGCGCGAGAUCCAAACACUGUCUGCUGCCAAACACAGACACAUUGUAGAUCUUAGAGAGGUCGUCGUAGGCGAGAAAGGCAACGUCGACGACAUCUUCCUCGUCAUGGAUUUCCUGGAACACGACCUCAAAACACUCAUGGACGACAUGGAAGAGCCGUUCUUGCCUAGCGAGGUCAAGACAUUGAUGCUACAACUCGGCAGUGCUAUUGAGUUCUUGCACGACAGAUGGAUCCUACAUCGCGACCUCAAAACCUCAAACAUCCUUAUGAACAACCGAGGAGAAAUCAAAAUUGCCGACUUCGGUAUGGCGCGCUUCUGCGGCGACCCGCCGCCAAAGAACCUCACGCAAUUGGUCGUCACUCUCUGGUACCGAGCCCCGGAACUCCUGCUGGGCACCACGACAUACGACAGCAGUGUUGAUAUGUGGAGCGUGGGCUGCAUAUUCGGCGAACUUCUCACAAACGUUCCACUGCUUCAAGGCAAGAACGAGGUCGAUGAGCUCAGCAAGAUUUUCGAGCUGUGCGGUGUACCCACCGAUGCCUCAUGGCCUGGAUUCAAACGCCUACCUAACGCCCGUUCCCUCCGGCUACCAAGAAAUGCACAAACCACCGGCUCAGUGAUACGCUCAAAAUUUCCUUUCCUCACCAAAGCAGGAACAGAUCUGCUAUCUGCCUUGCUGUCCCUGAAUCCAGCGAGCAGACCAUCAGCAAAGGAGCUUUUGGAACAUAUUUACUUUACCGAAGACCCGCGGCCCAAGAGCACAGCUAUGUUUCCUACUUUUCCCAGUAAAGCUGGUCAGGAGAGGAGAAGGAAACACAGAACGCCCAAUGCGCCUAUGCGUGGUGAAGGCGGUGCUGCUGCUGCGGAUUUUAGUGGGUUGUUUGCGGGACGAGAUGAUGAAGAGAUCGGUGGUGGUUUCCAGCUGAAAUUGGUGUAG